UUCUCAUCUCAACAAGAGUUAAAAGUCUUGUAUAUCAAUUUCAGCUUCCCUGGGUUCUGUCGAUUACGGAUGCAUAACAAAGGAGGUUCUCCUGUAGCUUUUGUUGAAUUCCAGGAUGUGAGACAAGCAACUGAAGCCAUGAACAGGCUACAUGGUUUUGUACUAUUGUCAUCAGAUAGGGGAGGAAUACGGAUCGAAUAUGCCAAAAACAAGAUGGGAGAAGUGCUAAUGCCAAGUGUAUGUUGGAUGAAACCAGUCACAUCUACCACCAGUAUCGAGACUCGUAAAGAAGAUGUUCCAGCGACUGGCCAGUCUCCGGUGCAAGCUGCAGCAUACUAAAGAAUACAUCACCAACACCGCCUUUUUAUUGACCACUUCUGCAGCUGUAGCAGUUGCUGUUGUUGUUAUUGUUGUUGUUACUACUGCACUCUUCGAUUACUGAACAUGCAAAAGAAGAUUCUAUAAACAAAUACAAAUGUGGCCAUCAUCAACAAAACAAACCUCUUUAUUUAACCUUUGUGUAGGUGUAUGUAUAUGCAUGCAUGCAUGCGUGUGUGUGUGUGUAGUGAUGGUAUUUGUUGGGGUAUUGGUUGUGAUGGCUGUUGUUGUAGCGUGGAAGACUCCACUACUACUACUACUACAACUACUACUACUACCAAUACAAUCCUUUUACAUGAUCAACAGACAAACUGAUUCAAUUCAAUUCAGUUUGAUCCGGUCAGAUUAGCCAAGUGUCUGGUCAGCUUGUCAGGGAGGAGAGGAGAUGAUGGACAGCAUCAACCACCCACAACCACCCACAGCCACCAACACCACUACCAUUCCCAUCAUGUUAACUGUGACCAAUUAAAAAUAAUUACAAUUUUCUUAUUAAUAAAAUGAUUCACACACGUUUAUAGAAAUUUAUACUUUAUAUACAUACAUACAGGUACACAUGUGUAUAUGCACUUGUAUAUGUGUGUGUGUGUGUGUGUAUCAUAUGCAAUACGUGUAUAUGUUUUUUAUGUAUACACAUGUACCUAUAUAUAUGUAUAUAUAUAUAUAUAUAUAUACAUAUAUACACACAUACAUAUGUGCUGUUUUUGGUGGGUGAAGUGUAAUUGAACAACAAUAAUGUAAACAAUGUGAAUUAGGGAUAGCAUGGUGGUGGUGGUGGUGGUGGUGGUGGUGGUGGUGGUGGUGGUGGUGGUGCAGGGAUAAACAGAAAAGGAGGAGAAAAGAUGAGAAAGAAGGAAGGAUGAAUGGUUUGUUGUUAUGGAAAGAAGAGUUGAAAGAAAAGUGUAAAGGUAGAUCUUAUCUAUGGUUGUGUGUGUGAUUGUUUAAUGGAUUUAUCAUCACUAUCCAUUCUUUCUUAGGAGGUAGUAAUUCUGAAUAAGAAACGAUUCAGAGCAUAUAGACCUGUCCAACCCAUGCUAGCAUGUGAAGCAGACAUACACUGAUUAUGCUAACAAUAUGCAUAUGUGUGUGUAUGUACAUAUAUACAUACACACA